ACCUAACAAGGAAAAUAAACAUUAUUAUUUUCUUUUUCUUAAAAUACCUUGAUUAAAGAAUCAUGGCAUUUUCUCUUGGGAGUAACUUCAGUGCUUCACGUUCAAAAGAUUCAGAUGAAGUUCAAGAAAUGUUUUGUGAACAUUGUAAUAAACAUGACAAGCAAUAUGUUCCUGCUGAGGGAUUUUGUGAAGAGUGUUUUGAGUACUUGUGUGGGACAUGCCUCAAGUUUCAUAGAAGAUACAACGUCUCUCAUACAAUCAAGGAUAAGGAUAACAUGCCAAAGGAUUUCUGUCUAGAGGAAUGUUCUGUUCAUCAAGAUGAACUGGUCAAGUUUUAUUGUAAAGUUUGUAAGAAAUUUGCCUGUACUGAAUGCAAGACUCAAGACCAUGGAAACUGUGGUAUGGUCAGCUAUUUGCCAACUCUUGUUCAAGGGAUUGAACACAGCCAAGAAAUCAAAGAACUCACUGAAAAUCUUGAAAUGUUAAUGAAAGAUUUGGAAAAUACACAAAAGCAUGUGAAUAAAAAUAAGGAUAAUAUUGCUUCACAAGAAACAAAGAUAUUAGACACAGUCAUGAAAAAGAAGGAAGAAAUAUUGUCAACAAUUGAAAAAGAUAAAAAAGAAAGAAUUCAAGAUUUUGAUAAGAUAAUGGAAGAGACCAUACAAACACUGAGACAAGAGAAAAUUGAAAAAUUACAAGAGAAUAAAACAAGAUUAGAAGAGUUAUUAGAUAAUGAGGAAACUGAUAUAAAGAAAGAAAUCAAUAAAGAUGAUGACGAGAAAGUUUUGCGUGAUAUUACAGCUGAAAUCUCAAAAAUGAAAACAAAUCUACAUAAAAUAUCAAAAAAGCUUGUUUAUCACAAAAACACUGAUCAAAGGUGCGAAAUGUUUGCUGUUAUGAAAGAGGGGCAAGAAAUCAUUGAACAAUUGAAACCAGAGGCAGAUAAACAAUGGAAAAACAAUUCAAUUCAUCAUUACAAAGUAGAAUGCAAACUGUCAGAUCAAAAUAUAACCACAAUUCAAGACUGUAAAAAGUUUUUCACUUUGCAAGAAAUACACAAGUCUGAAGUAGAAAGGACAGCAACUUAUAUAGGUAAUAAGACAGACAUUAAAUUUAAUUGUAGCUUGUUUUCAUCUUUCUGUUUAUUGUCAGAAAACUGUCUCCUUAUCACUAACUAUGGAUCUGAAAAGCUUAUUAUAUUCAAGGAUUUGUCAGUCAGAAAUUCACCAUAUGAUAGAAUAGACCUGCCCCAAUAUCCUUGGGCAGUUGCAAAAGUUGACAAUAAAAAAGUUGCUGUAACACAUCCUCAACUUGGAAUAAUCAGACUGAUAACAUUCUCUAAGUCUAUGACAGUGACCAACACUGAAGAUGUAGCAGUAGGAGUAGAUUGUUUAGGUGUUGCCUACAGUAACAGCAAGCUUAUAGUAUCUUACAAAACCAGACCAGCAACAGUGAAGAUACUUGACAUGUUUGGUAAAGUACUGAAAACAUAUGAUGAAGAUCACCAUGGGAAUCCUCUGUUUGGUAAACCAUAUUUCUUAACAAUCAGUGAAGACAACACAGUCAUAUAUGUAUCUGACUAUAGGAAGAGUUGUGUUUUAGGGUUAACCUUUGACAAAAAUGUCAAGGCCAUUUACAAGGAUGACCAGUUGAAAUGGCCAUGUCAACUGACUGUAGACAGGUCUGGAGCAGUGUUUGUAUGUGGACUUCAGUCAGGCAAUAUACAUCAACUGUCAUCUGACCUGACCAAGGUGAAAAUUCUGCUGGAUAAAGAACAGAGAGUUAUUCAUCCAUUGUGUGUGGCGUACUGCCAAUACAAAAACAGAUUGUAUUUGGGUCAGAUUGAAAAUGACAUAAAAGUGUAUGAUUUAUCAAUGAAAUAAAACAAUACAUAUUGUUUCAAACAUAAAAAGCAUGUGCAAAAACAAGAUAAAGUCAAAAAUAUUUCCAAAUAAAAUCUUUACUUUUCACUUCCUUCUUCCUUUAAAAUAAAACUGAAUAAAAACUGAAUUAGUUCUAUCCUCAGGCAAGGAGUUAUUAUUCCUUAACAAAUGAUCUUGGAUAUUGAGUCCAAUGGUCUUUUGUGUGUCACCGCUGACUCAGAAAUUAUGUUGGAUUAGUAGUCCCUCAUCUGUGGAGAAACUGAUAAAUAAAUUACUUUUUAGUUAUUCCAGAGAAGCCAAAAAGGUGCAUCAACUGCCAAGAUAUGACCAAAAGCAUGUGUCAAAAUUGGUGUCAAAACCAGAAAAAAAUAUUACCUACAGAUUUCUGUUGUUUUCAACAAAUAUUCAUUUUGAACUUUAAACAUUGACUUAAAGGAUUUAAUGUUAUUUUUAAGAACUAAAAAGAAAAUGCUAUUUUUAUUGUAAUUGCUGAUUUCAUACUGCCUUUGUAUUUGAGGAAAAAACAUUGUUUUUAAUUCUAUAUGACAUUAUUAUAUAACUUUAAAACUCUACAUUUAUCACGUCAAUAGCUUUUGGGGAGGUGUGACUACCCAAUUGUAGAAGCAUUUAUCAAGCAGACAAAAAAAAAUAGUACCACGAUUUUAUAAACAGGCAAAUCAACAAUCCUUGAAAUUCUGAAAUUGAAACAAGUUUUUAUUUAAAAACAUUAUAUUUUCCUUUGUAAAAUGUUAAAAUCUCCAAGGAAAUGCUUGGUUUUCUAAAUUUUCAUAUCAACACUCUGCACUAGUGGCUCAAAUUUUUGACAGCAGUUUUUUUUGUCCAUGAUAUUAUUUAGAAAAAUUCUGACAAAUUUUAUUAGGCACUAUUAAAAUUAUAGUUUUCAGUGUGUGAACAUGGUUUUUCUUUGAUUUGACUUGAUGACCUAGUUUUUGACCAGAGAAUGCCAAUUUUGAUCCCUGUUUAAGAUAUUAUUAAGUAAAAGAAUUAGAUAAAGUAAAAUGAUAAGCCAGUCAAAAAUUUGGAAUGUAGAUUGUUAAUAGUUGCUUUAGUUUUGACCUAGUGACAUAGCUUUUAAAUUUAGAUAACCUUUGACUAAAUGCGUUUGAAUUUAUUUGAGAUAUUCAUUUAGACAGAAUAUAAAGAUAAUCCAAUCAAUUAUAUGGCCUCAAGACUCUUAACAAAAGUUUUUCUUUAAUAUCGUGACCUAGUUCUCAACCCCAGACCUAAAAUUGUCCAAAAUAUUAUUCAGAUUUAAAAGGAACACUGACAAAGUCUGAAGGACAUCAAAGACUGUGACCUUUAUAGUUAAAAACUAUUUUUUUUCCUUUUAAGUCCUAUUUCUUAAGCAGAUAAACAAUUCAAUGUGAGCUUGUCCAAGGUGUCAUUUAGAAAAACAUUCU